AUGGAGCAAGCUGAAAACGAGAACAAUCCGAACUCGUCAACUGUGAUCCAUGGAGCAAGCUCCGACCUGGAAAAGGUUCUGUCGGACCCCAGUUUAUCGGCGGUGAGCCUUGGCAAUCAGGGGAUUCAGUUAUUCGCCUACGGCCUCCUGCUAGGAAUGGGAAGUGCAGUUGAAACCCUAUGUGGGCAAGCAUUUGGUGCGGGAAGAUAUGACUUGUUAGGCGUUUAUCUUCAAAGAGCAACUGUGGUUCUCUUCUUCAUGGGUCUCCCGAUAACCCUAGUCUACAUAUUUUCCAAACAAAUCCUUGUCUCCAUCGGAGAAUCCGAAAACGUGGCAUCACUAGCAGCAGUGUUCGUCUACGGCCUCAUCCCACAGCUCUUCGCGUACACAAUCAAUUUCCCAAUACAAAAAUUCCUCCAAGCACAGAGUAUUGUAGCCCCAAGUGCUUACAUUUCAUUGGCUACUCUAGGGGUGCAUUUACUAUUGAGUUGGAUUGCGGUGUUCAAGAUUGGUUUAGGGGUGCUAGGGGCAUCUUUGGUAUUGAGCUUAUCUUGGUGGAUCAUUGUUUCGGCCCAGUUUUUGUAUAUUUUGUGGACCCCAAAAUGUAAGUCCACUUGGAGUGGGUUUACUUGGGAGGCUUUUACUGGGCUUUGGGAGUUUGUGAAAUUGUCUAUUGCUUCUGCUGUGAUGCUGUGCUUGGAGACUUGGUAUUUUCAGGUACUAGUGUUGGUUGCAGGACUUCUUGAGAACCCUGAACUUGCCUUGGAUGCACUCUCAGUCUGCAUGUCAAUAAAUGGUCUGUUAUUCAUGGUUUCAGUAGGGUUCAAUGCAGCUGCAAGUGUUCGUGUAAGCAAUGAGCUUGGAGCAGGGAAUCCCAAGUCGGCAGCUUUUUCGGUUGUCAUAGUGAAUCUUGUUUCUUUCACAACCGCCGUAGUGGUUGCCAUCAUUGUAUUAUCACAACGCCACGUAAUUAGCUACGUAUUCACCGGCGGUGAAACUGUGGCCAAUGCAGUCUCGGAUCUGUGUCCAUUCUUAGCCGUCACUCUUAUUCUCAACGGGAUCCAACCGGUCUUGUCAGGGGUGGCUGUUGGAUGUGGAUGGCAAGCAUUUGUCGCCUAUGUAAAUGUUGGGUGUUACUACCUUGUGGGAGUUCCAAUUGGUUGUCUUCUGGGCUUCAAAUUUAACCUUGGAAUUAAGGGAAUAUGGUCGGGAAUGAUAGGAGGAACAAUGAUGCAAACCAUCAUUUUGCUCUGGACAACAUUUCGAGCCGAUUGGAAUAAAGAGGUGGAGAAAGCAAGAGAGCGUUUGGACAAGUGGGAAGAAAUAAAAGAGCCUCUACUCAAGGAGAAGGACCUAAAAUGA